GGAGGGAGGGGGCGAGACGAGGGAGGCCGUGGCGGAGUGUGAUGUGAUCGCUCCCCUCCGUCGCUUUCAGUCGCACUGGACACCCUAUCGCCGAUAUCCCACCACACAACUCAAGCACUCCAACCCCCACUCUGCUCCAACCGUUCCUCUGCCCUUUCCUUUCAAGCCAGAAUGUCGCUCACGAAAGGAGAGCGCAACAUCACCAUCUGUAUAGAUCGCGGAGGAACGUUUACCGACUGCAUCGCAUUCGUUCCCACAAAAGAUGGCACCUCCCCCUACAAAACAAUCGUCGUGAAACUUCUCAGCGUCGACCCACAGAACUACCCCGAUGCACCCCGGGAGGGAAUACGGCGGAUCUUGGAGUUGGCGACCGGGGUGCCGCAUCCGGCUGAUAAGCUGGUGAAUACUUCGAGGUUGAAGGUCAUCAGGAUGGGGACGACUGUUGCGACGAAUGCACUGCUGGAACGUAAAGGCGAUGCCAGCGCGUUGGUCAUCACCAAGGGGUUCAAGGACCUGCUGCAUAUCGGGAACCAGUCUCGGCCAAAGAUCUUUGAUCUCGCCAUCGAGAAGCCCGCUGUACUGUACAAGACGGUCAUCGAGGUGCACGAGCGGGUGGCGCUCGUGAAGGAAGGGGAGGACGAGGGUGGUGAGCAUGUAACGGGGGUCACCGGCGAGAAAGUAGAGAUACUAGAGCCCCUGAACAUCGGGCAAGUCGAAAAAGACCUGAGAGCCGUCUACGAUUCCGGAAUCCGCAGCAUCGCCAUCUCCCUGCUCCAUUCCUACACCUUCCCAGACCACGAGAAGCGCGUCGCGGCAAUCGCCAAACAGAUUGGGUUCACCAACAUCACCCUCUCGUCAGCGAUCAUGCCGAUGGUCAAGAUCGUGCCCCGCGCAGCGUCGGCGAUGGCGGACGCAUACCUCACCCCCGUCAUCCAGCGGUACAUCGAGGGCUUCUUCUCCGGGUUCGAUGAGGAUAUCCGCGAUCCGAAGAAAGUGAGGGUCGAGUUUAUGCAGAGCGAUGGCGGGUUGACGCCCGUGGAGGAUUUCAGUGGGUUUCGCGCGAUUCUGAGUGGACCUGCUGGCGGGGUUGUUGGGUACGCUCGCACGAGCUGGGACGAGCCGGAGGCGAACAGCGUCAGGGGUGGGAAGGCCAUUAUCGGGUUCGACCAGGGUGGGACAUCCACCGACGUUUCGCGGUAUGCGGGACAGUACGAACACGUGUUCGAGACGACUACAGCCGACGUUACGAUCCAAGCGCCGCAACUCAACAUCAGCACUGUGGCUGCCGGGGGUGGUUCGCAGCUGUUUUUCAGAAGCGGGCUGUUUGUCGUCGGGCCGGAGAGCGCCGGCGCGAACCCGGGCCCAGCGUGUUAUCGUAAAGGCGGGCCUGCCACCAUCACCGACGCGAAUCUGGUCCUGGGACGGCUUGUGCCCGCCCACUUCCCGGCCGUGUUUGGACCCAGCCAGUCUGAACCGCUUUCCACUGAAGCGGCGUUCAAGGUCUUGCAAGAGAUCGCUGAUGAGGUUAAUCGCGCGAGUCCUGGUGGACAGCCGAUGAGCGUUGACGAGGUGGCGUUCGGGUUCAUCAAAGUCGCUAAUGAGGCUAUGGCGAGGCCUAUCAGAGGUCUGACGCAGGCCAAAGGGUUCAACACCGCUGACCAUAUACUUGCCUGUUUUGGGGGCGCUGGCGGGCAGCACGCCUGCGCUAUUGCGAGGUCCUUGGGCAUAGGCAUGAUUCUCAUCCACAAACAUUCAUCCAUCUUGUCCGCUUAUGGGCUCUCCCUAGCGGACGUAGUUCACGAGGAACAGGAGCCAUCCGCGCACACACUUGGGGAGGAUGCUCUGCCAACUAUCAGAGACCGCGUGCAACACCUCCAAACCGCAUGCACGACCUAUCUCCAAAAUGAAGGCUUCGACCACACCGCCAUCGAGCUGGAAGUCUACCUCAACCUGCGCUACCAAGGCACCGACCACGCCAUGAUGACCCAAAAGCCCGAGGACAGUUGGGACUUCCAAACCCCCUUUGUUGCGCAGUACCAGCAGGAAUUCGGGUUCACACUCCCCGACCGCGAUAUCAUCAUCGACGAUAUUCGUGUGCGCGGUAUCGGGAAGAGCGCUGUGGCGCCCGAGACCGACCACUCGGUGUACGCGGACCUCGCGACCUUGACCCAACGCGACGUGAGCGGAACCCAUAUCGACCAACAGCAGGUGUUCUGGGAAGGCGGCCGCGUCGACACCCCCGUGUAUCUCAUUCCCAACAUGCAACCGGGCGACCACGUCCACGGGCCCGCCCUGCUGAUCGACCGUAACUCCACCGUCGCCCUCGAACCCCUCUGCCACGGGACCAUGACCACCUCCCACCUCGUCAUCACCCUCGACACCGUCAAGCCCACCACCGCGACGGCAUCGACGGACCUUGACCCGAUCAAGUUGUCGGUGUUCGCGCACCGGUUCAUGUCGAUCGCGGAACAGAUGGGCACGACGUUGCGGAAGACGGCGAUUUCGACGAAUAUCAAGGAACGGUUGGAUUUUAGUUGUGCGCUUUUUGGCCCGGAUGGCGGGUUGAUUGCUAAUGCGCCACAUAUCCCAAUCCACCUGGGCAGCAUGCAGGAAGCAGUCCGAUGGCAGAUGCGAUCGACGGAGAUGGAGGAUGGGGAUGUGCUUGUGACGAAUCACCCGAGCGCUGGCGGGUCGCAUUUGCCGGAUAUCACGGUGAUUACGCCGGUGUUCAAUAAGGGCGUGAUUGAGUUUUUUGUGGCGAGUAGGGGCCAUCAUGCUGAUAUUGGAGGCAUCCGCGCCGGCUCAAUGCCCCCCGACUCCCGCGAGCUCUACCAAGAAGGCGCAGCCAUCAAGUCCUUCAAACUCGUCCGGAAAGGCCACUUUGAUGAACCCGGCAUCCGUCGCAUCCUCGUCGACGAACCCGCGCAAUAUCCCGGCUGUUCAGGCAGCCGCUGCAUCAACGACUGCAUCAGCGACUUGAAAGCGCAGACGGCCGCCAAUCACCGAGGAAUCACCCUUGUCAGGCAGUUGAUUGAAGAAUAUGGGUUAGAGACCGUGCAAGCCUACAUGGGCUACAUCCGCACCAAUGCCGAGACCGCCGUCCGCGACCUCCUCAAACGCGUCGCAGCCUCCGGAAGAACCACCCUAACCGCCUCCGACUGCAUGGACGACGGCACACCCAUCACCCUCACCAUCACCAUCGAUGGCCCCACGGGUUCCGCAGUCUUCGACUUCACCGGCACCGGCCCACAAGUCUACGCCAACACCAACGCCCCCCGCGCAAUCACCUACUCCGCCGUCAUCUACUGCCUCCGCUCCCUCGUCUCCUCCGACAUCCCCCUGAACCAAGGCGCACUCAACCCCGUGGAAAUCAUCAUACCCCCCAACACCCUCCUCUCCCCCGCCGAAGGCGCCGCAGUCGUCGGCGGGAACGUGCUCACCUCCCAACGCGUCGUCGACGUCGUGCUCAAAGCAUUCAACGCGUGCGCGGCGUCCCAGGGCUGCUGCAACAACUUCACGUUCGGCAAAGGCGGCGAGGGCGGGUUCGGGUACUACGAGACCAUCGCGGGCGGAUCGGGCGCCGGGCCGACCUGGCACGGCCGCAGCGGCGUGCACACCCACAUCACCAACACGCGGAUCACCGACCCGGAGAUCUUCGAGCGGCGGUACCCCGUCCUUCUGCGCGAAUUCGGACUCCGACCGAACAGCGGUGGGGAGGGAUUGUACCGCGGGGGGGAUGGGUGUGUACGGGAGGUGGAGUUUAGGGAAGAGGUGGAGGUGUCGAUGUUGAGUGAACGGAGGGUGUUUGCGCCGUAUGGGAUGGAAGGGGGUGGGGAGGGACGGCGGGGGGUUAAUACAUUGCUUAGGAAGGAUGGGAGGACGGUGAAUUUUGGGGGCAAGAAUGCGACGAGGGUUACGAAGGGGGAUCGGGUGAGAAUCGAGACCCCGGGGGGUGGCGGGUGGGGGAGGAAGGGUGAGGAUGUCAAGGCGUAGGAGCUAGUUAUUCCCCUUCUCAUUUCGCAAGUGAACCAUAACUCUUUCACUUAGAUAUUUUCUUAGCAUCACCCCGUUCUGUACAUCUGUAGGCCACUCGCCCUUUGUUUACAACCAAAAAGGCAGUAAUCUGUAAUGCGUAUGUUACAAAACGCUCCCGACUGUAUAGACACAUGUAGACAUGUACAUUCUUCUGUAACGGAAUCUCACUUCCGGGCCGUCUCCUCGUAGUUCUCCAGCAACCAUUUCACGGUGGCAACUUAGUGC